GGAAGACUGAUUGAACAACAGCACCCUCGUCACUGGUUGUAUUGUAUGAUGGUCACCGGCGGCUCGGUGGCGAUGGAGGUGGCAGCGUAAGAGUUAUCUGCCCGAUAACAAGAAGCUUAUGGUCACGUACCUUUCAGGCCGCUAUAAACUGCUCCCAAGAAGACACUUUCUGACUGGGUCAGAUGCUCGAGACGGUCAAGGCACCGGGCUUGGUUAUGCAAAGCGGAUGCUCUCUCACAAGGCGAGGGUUCCAAAAGUUCGGUCAUGUCGCCUUCGCCACCAGUCACAAAGGCCGUCUCGCUGCUCUGUGUUAACUUUCUCGUGUUGGCCUCUACGCUUUGCCACUGAGACAUGUGUUUGCGAAUCGGAGUCGAGAAGCGAGCAAAUGCUGAAUGUCUCAAGUGGAUUUGCCCGGGCUGGUGGAACGCGACAAUGGUAAGCAAUCGGGUGGUUUGGCAAUGCGAGCGAUUUAAUUUGAUGGGUCGCUCGUAGAACCACUAGGUAGGAAACAUCAUGUCCUUUGUGGCAGAAACCUUGUACAUAAGGC